AUGCACUCCUCUUCAAUAGUUGUCAAAGACGCGAUACCUGAAUUUGGCCUGUUGGAUGAAUAUGCUGGACAAAACGCGGACAUAGUGGAUCUUCUGUGUAUGCGAUCAGGACUACCACGACAUGACCACUUGAUGGGACUCGAAGUCGAUGAAGUCAUCUCUCGAAUGAAAUAUCUUCGACCAUCCACUCCAUUCCGACACGAUGGUCAGUACCAAAGUCUUCACUACAUCGUCAUGGACAAAGUCGUCUCUACGCUUACCGGUACCUCGUUCGUCGAUUUCGUCAAGACUCACAUAUUUCAUCCCAUCGGAAUGACUCAUACAUACUAUAAUCACACUCAAGCAGUCGAAUCGGGCCUCAAGAUUGCCGACGGCUUCGUACAUGAAGAUGUUGAUAUUGCGGGUUGUACGGCUGCUUCGGAAGCGUACAUCGAACAAGGUGGUAAUGCAAGUUUGAUACCCUGUGCUGGUGAGCUGAAGAGUAUCGGUUGGUGGGAUCGUACGGAUGGAGUCAAGAUCGCUACGACAGGAAGUGCCAUAACCAACAGUCAAGACAUGUUCAAAUGGCUCCAAGAGGAACUCUCUCCUGCUGUACUUCCUCCUCCUAUCAUACCCGCGACAACCACCAGUCAAACCGUACUCACGAAACAGCCUGUCAUCCCAGGAAUAACCAGUGCCUACACCUACGGUCUCGGUCAGUACAUCUACACCUAUCGAGGAUACAGCAUCAACGGACACGAUGGGUCCGUCUGGGGUCAGCUCAGCCACAAUACCGGAGUACCAGAGGCUGGAGUAGGGUUCGUAAUCAUAGUCAACGAUCAAUCAUAUGGCGAACAGAUGUGCACAAUUGUCGAGCAAAUUUUACUAGAUGCAUUGUUAGGCUUAUCAGAGAUCAAUUGGGAACUGAACACAUUUACCGAACUUGCUGGAUCGGCGGAAGGUCAAAGUAUCGAAGGAACCGACUCUUCAUCCACUUCUCAAGAUUCUUCUUCUUCUUCCAACUCAUCUACCACUUCCAUAACUUCAUCUUCAGCCGACACGAAGGCUACCGCCUCUCUCCGUCCACCUCUCGGUGCGGAAUCCGUCGUAGGAUCUUACUCUGAUGAAGCAUAUGGUACAUUCAAUAUCCAACCUGUAGCCAGCCUGGAAGACGCCGAUGCUCUUCUAGCCAUCAACAAGAGAUUCACCUUGCUUGGGCAGACUCUUGACAAUGAUACGUACUAUUACCAAAACACGGACUCAUCAUCCUUCAUCACGCACUACAUCUUCACUCCAUUCGACGGACCUAUCUUCAAUGUCACUGCCUCUUACGUGGCACCACUUUACCCCGAUGGGAGUCAAACGAGGAACGGAUCAACACUUAUUACCUACGGGCCCGGUUCAGCGGUGUUCAAGGACAACGGUCUGGGGCUUUUUGGUAUCUGGCAGUCUGGUAGUGGUGUGGCAGACCCUCAGGUUGUUGAAGAUGACGUAGAGGAAAAGGCUGAGGUAUGGUUAAAGAAGAUAUGA